UCUUUUUAUUCACUACAUGAUUCUACUUUUAGUCAUCUAUUAUAAGACGAACAUUUAUAUGAUGUAUGAAGAAUUAAUAGAACUCAAAUAUGGAUCCAUCAUAUGGACCAGUGUAUAACACAAAAAUGACUCCAGAGGGCAGGGCUCGCCCAGCCGAUGAAGAUGUCUUCCCCUUACGUUUCUGCUCCAUGUUUGCCGACCACUGGCCUGAACGACACUUCACAAACACGGUGGGGAACCGUUCUCCGUACCAAUUUGGCAGAGCGCUUCCGACGUCGCUGAUAGAUAUAGGGUGGGUAACAAGGAUGUGAUGUACCUAACUGAUCGUCAAUGAGCUGUAGAGUAGACUAGCGGUCCUCCGUACUCCGUAAACAGUUCUCCCUCCACGCAAGCGCAAUUCGCGAGAGAUGCGCGCGCAUAUAUUCACAAACUCGCCGUGCAACCAUCAGUCAAUUUCAAAGCGGCGCCCGUCGCGCACGAUUAAAAAAAUAUUACCACUGCAAAUAUACAUCGCACUACAUACGCACGUUUCGCGCGCGAGUUCCUGGGACUUUACCAAGGUUUCAAUAACAAUAAUUCAAAAUGAGUGAUUCGGGUCAUGCUAAAAUAGAAGAUAACCCAAAAAUUUUGUCGGGGCCAGUCCUGACCAAUUCACCGAACGCAGUAUUAUCCAAGACCCUAUUGGGCCGGUACAAUGAUCUUGCUCUGCCAGUCGACCGGAUCCUCGCCACGUACGUCUGGAUCGACGGCACCGGGGAACAUCUCAGGUGCAAGGAUCGAACCUUGACAUUCAUCCCAAAACAACCAAAAGAUUUACCAGUUUGGAACUUCGACGGCAGUUCAACAGGCCAAGCUGACGGCCACAACUCGGACACAUUCCUAGUGCCGCGCGCUAUAUACAAGGACCCAUUCCGUCGCGGCAACCAUGUGAUCGUCAUGUGUGAUACCUUCAAAUACAACAUGGAACCCACAGAAAGCAAUAACCGUUUGAAAUGUCAAGAAGCUUUCGACAAAUGUAAAGACGAAGAGCCUUGGUUUGGUAUUGAGCAAGAGUACAUACUCCUCGACUCUGACCUCAGGCCCUUCGGUUGGCCCCCAGGUGGUUUCCCACCACCGCAGGGCCCUUACUACUGCGGCGUUGGUGCUAACAAAGUGUUCGCUAGGGAUCUCGUUGAAGCACAUUACCGGUGCUGCCUCUAUGCUGGCAUUCCUAUCGCAGGCACCAAUGCUGAGGUGAUGCCAUCCCAAUGGGAAUUCCAAGUUGGUCCAGCUGUAGGAGUUACAGCCGGCGACGAUCUCUGGAUCGCCCGAUACAUUUUACACAGACUUGCAGAGGAGUACGGAGUUAUUGUCACCUUCGAUCCCAAACCAGUUCAGGAUUGGAACGGAUCCGGGGCCCAUACUAACUUCUCGACAAAGAAGAUGAGGGAAGAAAACGGUAUUAUCGAGAUCGAGAAGGCGAUCGACAAGCUGUCGAAGGUGCACAUGAAGCAUAUCAAGGUAUACGAUCCGCGCGGCGGAAAGGACAACGAACGUCGUCUCACCGGCCUGCACGAAACCGCCAGUAUUAACGACUUCAGCGCCGGUGUUGCCAGUCGUGCAAGCAGCAUCAGGAUACCGCGCCUAGUGGCUGAGGAGAAGAAGGGCUACUUCGAGGACCGCCGUCCCGCCUCCAACUGCGACCCGUACGCUGUGAUUGACGCUCUCAUGCGAACUUGCAUCCUCAACGAAUAACAUCGGGAAGAUGACCACUCCGCUUCCGAUCGUGUCAGCUAGCAGCGAGAAUAAAGACGAUAUAACAUACGCGACGCCUGCUGCGCAGUGUUGCCAAUUUUCGGGGAUUUUCCCAUAUUUCUGGGUACACAUUUUUAAUCGGAAAGUGGAUUUCAUGUGGAUAAUAUUGAAGAAAAUCGUUAGAGUUUCGUAAAUUAUUUAAGUUUUUUUGGAUAAUAAUAUAAUGUACGUGAGAGUUGUUUGAGAUUAGUUGACCAAUGUAGGGUUGUUAGAAAACUACAAAGACAGUUCUGACUAGUUAACUAUAAUUAAUGUGAGUUGGUUGUAUAGAGAGUGGACGUGCUUGAGAUGAAAGAUCUAAUUGGCAACAAUACCUAUUCUAAUCAAGAUAAUAAAAUAUCCUUAGCAAAUUUUACAAUUUUAUACACAAAGCCUUAAAUAUUUGCAAUGUAGGGUAAGAUUUAUGUGAAUUCUUAUGUGACUUAGAGGUGGAAAUUAUAUAAGGUCAAUAAUAUAAAAAAAAUCUCGAGUAUCAAAAGCUUUUACAAAUUAGCAACAGGCCGUUUUGCACAGUGUCGGGAUAAUUAACAAUUGCAUUAGUUCUCAGCAUGCGAAAUCUUAUGAGAUGUUUAGAAAGUUAAAUGAAUGUAAUUAUUGUAAUGCGUUUCUCAUUCUCGGAGGUGGUAAAAAUUAUUAUGGGUUUUUUUUAAGCUUUUAGGGAAAUAACUGUAGUGACAUGGUAUGGACAUGGGAAUUCGCAUUGCAAAUUAAAAAUAGUAUUAAUCACUACCACAAGCAGCGCAGCUACAAAUGUUUUUAGCUUAAAACCAUAAACAUGUACCUAGGAAUUGAAUUUAUAUAGUACUCGUAGUUAUAUCGCUGGCACUUCGCGCUUUUGGGCACGAUACGAAGUAGAGCGUAUAAAUGGACCACAAGAUAUUAUAAAAAUAUUUAGAGAAUAUUUUUACGACUAUUAUGUGAUAUUUAAACAUUAAUUGUUAUUUUUUCAUGUUAAAAUAGUUUAUCGUAUACAAAUAAUCACAUAUCAUUAUUUCUAACAAGUUCAUUUUAUUGCAUAGUUAGUUAAGGCAAUCGAUGAAUAUACCCAAUUGAAUAUUACGUCGUAUAGACAUUGAAUUAAUUACGAACGAAAUCAUAAUUAUAAUAUAAAUAUUUUAUUGUUUAAUCCAAUAAUGUGAAAACGUAGGAUAAACAUUAGGUAAAUGCCUAAACAAAAUAUACCUAUACCUAUAGAUAUAUGAUACCUUUAUCUAGUAAGAAUGCCUUUGAAUAUUCCUUAUGAAAUGAGAACUAAACACCAUAAUUAUUUAGUUUAUAAAUUUUAUGUAAUAACAAUUAAUUCAUUUAAUUUAAUGAUUUAAAUAUGCAUGCAGGAUAUACCUGAAUUUAAACAAAAUUUUAUUUAGAUUUGUAUAUUGAAUAUGUUAUGGAGCGUUAUUAAAUAAAUGAUACGAUUUGUUCUAAA